AUGAAAACUGCAUCUGGACUGAUUGUUUUUUACUGGGAUAAAGUUUUGGAACACACUGAAAGCCCAUCGUUCCAUGCAGAAUACUUGGAUUCAAUGAAGCAAUGGGCAGAGCUAACCGAGUUGAAAAACCUAAGUGUAAAGUAUCAUGUGCUUUUAGACCCGGAUACAAGGCGCAGUUUUUUGAAUUGGACUGAACUUCAUUUUGGUAAAUUCUUUGAGGCCGCGGCCCAGGAAUAUUAUAAUCGUGGAAAUGCAGCUCUUGGUUUGGACAGAUUCAAUCAGUCCAACUGGGCUGUUGUCAAAAGUUCGGUUGUUUACUCUCUUCCUGUUUAUGAAAAGCUGUCUGAAGUUGGAUUUGGGAUUACUGAGGUCAACAGGUUUCUUCACAAAGUUAACCACAUAACUCUUAUUCUUGAAGGGAACGAUAUAACCUCUAACAGACAAACCUUUUUGGAGAGUUGCAUUCGUGGUAUUUUGUAUUUACUUACUCUAGAAAUUGAAGAGGAGAAAACCAAUAGCAAAGAUAACCAACUAUUACUGCCUUUGCGAGUAAUUAGGAGAGUGUUCCUAGAUUUGUGGAGCUCUUUUCUCAGAUUUGCAAAUUUCGUCUAUUUUGAUGAGACUGAAUUUCAGCAAACACAGAGAAAAUGGAAUGAUACGAGGAACAUCAUCAUUAAUGAGUUAUUAAAAAGUAAUGCAUUUACUCGAAAGCAGCUUGAAGAAGCACCAAAAAACUUUGUUCAAGCCAUUCACCGGAUCCUGGAGAAACUGGAGCAGUAUACUGAUCUUGUUGAUGACUUUGAUGAAAAGAUCGAUCCAACUGUUUUAGCCUUCAAGAAGUCGAUGCAUCACACAAACCUCAUGUUUAAUGAUGUCUGGAACCUGCUGUUGGACUCAACGCUUUAAUAUUUGAAGGCAAUGCCAAGAUUGUGACUGCUGGCAAUAAACAGGAUUAUACCAGCAAUGUAUUAACUGUUAUUGCAUACCUGCCUCUGAAAGAAUAUUAGGAUAAUUGCAUUGGUGAACAUUGAGUAAAACAAAUUCCACUCUA